ACUGUGCGCGACGGAACAAUCGCCCACAGCUAUUCAGGGAAUUCCUCGUCAUCUCGUCUCAUUUUCUAUGAAAUUUCAAAUUCGCUCCUCAUGACGCGAUAACUUGAACUGUUUUCAUUAAUCCAUACGGGACAGUUGAAGGAGGUGGACGUUCUUUAGGAGGAAUUCAAUUCAACUCGGCGUGAUGUUCAAGAAUUUAAUAUUUUUUGCCACGGCAGUAAGCUGCUUGGCAGUAGUCUUAGGACAGGAAGGAGUCAAAACCUGGCGGAAAGGUGGUGGUCAAGUGGUUCAAAUGAUUAACUUCAACCAAACCAUAGCAGAAGAUCGACCCAGGGAAAACAUGAUGCUAGAUCUGCAUCGUGGAAACGAGUCGCAAAGUGCUCUUGACAAGUUUAUGAACAAAACCAAAGGUCAGAUUCCGAUGGGAGUUUGCUUCGAAGAGGUUCCGACUGCCAGUCUGUUCAAGCCAAAUACCAGAGUAAUUCCAGCCGGGAAUGGGUCGGAUCCAUCGCUUAGCCGUGUCCAGGUCUGUUGCAAGGGUUACGAACGAAAUGUUCAUAACUUCCGCAAGUGCGAUCCGGUGUGCGACGAACCUUGCAUCAACAGUUUAUGCGUCGGUCCGAAUACGUGCUCUUGCUAUCCGGAUUUUGUAAAUAAUCGACAGGAUAAGUGUGUUCCAACUUGCCCGAUUGGAUGUGAUAAUGGAGAGUGUGAUCUGAAGCUGAAUCUCUGUGUCUGUCGGGAUGGCUUCGAACUGGACGAAACGCAUCAGUUCUGUGUUUACAGGUGUACCGGCGGUUGUGGAGCCGGACAAUGUGUGGGACCGGAAAAGUGUAAAUGUAACGAUGGGUAUGAGCAGGAUGAAGACGGAGUAUGUGUUCCCAGAUGUGAACGAGGAUGUGGCGGCGGAGAUUGUAUCGCUCCCGGGGUCUGUCAAUGUCGAGCAGGAUACGAGAAAAGCGAAAGUGGUUGCGAACCCAUUUGCUCCGACGGAUGUUUCAACGGAAUUUGCACAGCACCGGAAACAUGCACCUGCAAACCAGGCUACAAAAGCGGCAACACUACGAAUAACUGCGUGCCCACCUGUGAUCGACCGUGUUUGAAUGGCGAAUGCACGGGACCGAACACGUGCACUUGCCAUCGAGGUUACAAACAGGAUGCAACUGAACCGCUAAGAUGUGUUGCUCACUGCCCCAACGGGUGCCCGAACGGAGUAUGCUCCGGACCUAACAUGUGUCUGUGCAACGCUGGCUUCAUCAAGGAUCGCAGUCUGAAGGGAAGUCAAGCCUGUGUGAAGCGAGUCUAGAAUGACGAUAGUUUUUGCAACCAUAAACGAUAGAGAUACGACCUAGCCAUGAUGUUCUGACAUGACUUGCGAAAUAUAUAAAACGUUGAUAAGAGUGCUGCUUGUUAGCGGGAAAGGCCAUCUGGAGAAAACUCAAAUCAAGCGCAUAAGUGCGAUAGGGAAUAAACAUCGUCACUUUGUAGGCAAAGUGACUAAUGAAAAUGCGGUUGUAUGUUGAGAGGAUGUUUCUCAAAUAAAUUUCGUUUUCUACGCA